AGGGAAGAAGAAUCUCUCCCCAAAUCGAAGAGUGUGGUACUGCUUUCUUUGACUAGCAAACGGAAGAUGGUAAUUGUUUUUUACCGCAGUGUAAUACAAAGGAAAACCAAUAAAACGCUACUCUCUCUCUCGAUGUUCUUGUAGAGCUUUGAUCGUUCGUGCAUGCAUGCACACGCUUCCUCGCCCUCCAAAUCGUGAGGCGAUUGGCUAUCAUUCCGGUGAUAGGCUGCCGGAAACUACACGCCUGCGCCGGAUCUUGAGGCGUCGGAGAAAUCGGGGCCGUCGGUGGUCCUGGGUUCCGGAGGGAGGCAAGGAAGGUGGGAGAGCCGAUGGUGGGAUCGAGGAAAAGGGGAGAUGGGCGCCUUUGUUGUGUUCUUUUCUGAUGUUCCUGGAUAAGAAUCGUCUCGUAGGUAAUGAUGGAAAGACUGGGUUUAUGCUUUGUCUGGCCGUCGUGCGAUGAGAAUGGCGCCUAUUUUGCGGCGUGCUGAAGGGAAUAGGGCGGUGGGGCGUCAUGGAAUCGAGGGCAUGCAUGAACUCGAGGUGUGGGACGACGACGACGAGCAGGUGGAGGCCUGGAUGGCCGCUGAGGACCGGUGGUGUUGCUAAUCUGUGUGAUACUUGUGGGGUUGCAUAUGAACAAUCCAUUUUUUGUGACAUGUUCCAUAUAAAUGAAACUGGAUGGAGAGACUGCAACUCAUGUGGCAAGGGUCUUCACUGUGGAUGUAUUGCAUCAAAAUCCUUGGUUGAACUCCUUGAUGGUGGAGGCGUAGAAUGUUUCAAGUGCACAAAGAGUUCAAAUCAUUCUCCUGCUCAUCAAACAGGUCCACUAGUGUUUUCAUCUCCUCUUCAUACAGCAGUGUAUUUGCCUUCAAAAAGUCCUAGUGAAGAAAGAAAGAAUGGGAUGGCCACCUCACAACUGAAUGAUGCUGGUGAACUUAUAUCCCCUGUUUUGGAUUCUAAAGUGGAUGGUAGUUCCAUGAAGAGAGGUGAAUAUAGGCAGUCGAGUAGAGAUGCCCAAGGGAACAUACGAAGUGGCAAGCAUGAAGAACAAAGCUAUAACAUAUCUAUAGAGAGGAUCAAGAAGGAGCAAGGUGCUGUUUCUCUUGUGGGAACUGGAAGUUUUAGUCAUCCAACUAUGUCAAGUGGAUCUUCUAAAUUAGUCAAUCAGAAAGCUCAUAAAGAUUCCGUGGCAAAUGGCUACGAACCAUCAGGUAAUACAUACUUGAAUAUCAGCUUGGGAGCUCCUAAUUCUGGCAGUGCAGUAGAAGCAAGUAAUUUACAAAAUAAUGCAAAGCCUCCAUUAGCUAGUCCUAGCUUUGCUGCAGAAAUUAGGCAGCAGAAUAGGGCAACCUCUUCAUUUCUACAAGGGCAAAGGUCACGUCACUUUUUGGUAAAGCCUGCUAAUGCAGGCCCCAGCACAGCUUCCGACUCAACAAAAGAUGCACCUCCACAGAUAAGGGUUGCACGACCCCCAGGUGAAGGGAGGGGUCGAAAUCAGCUGCUACCCCGUUACUGGCCAAGGAUUACAGAUCAAGAGCUCCAACAGAUAUCUGGAGACUCAAAUUCAAAAAUUGUCCCACUGUUUGAGAAGGUGUUGAGUGCCAGUGAUGCUGGAAGAAUUGGACGGUUGGUGCUCCCAAAAGCAUGUGCUGAAGCUUAUUUUCCUCCAAUAUCUAUACCAGAAGGUCGUCCACUCACGAUUCAGGAUGCCAAGGGUAGAGAUUGGGUUUUCCAAUUUAGAUUUUGGCCCAACAACAACAGCAGAAUGUAUGUCUUAGAAGGUGUGACCCCUUGCAUACAGGCUAUGCAGCUACAAGCUGGGGAUACUGUAACUUUUAGCAGGAUUGAUCCAGAAGGGAAGCUGGUUAUGGGAUUCCGAAAGGCUAACAAUUCUGCACAUAAUGCUGAGCCCCAAAUUUCUGCAAAAGGAAAUGGGGUGGGUGCUGGUGAUGGAUAUAUUUCUGGUGUUAUUGAGAGCCUACCUUCCAAUGGAAGCAAAUCGAAAGAAGAACUUGGGUUGCAUUCCCUGGGAGGUCAGGAGAAGAAAAGAAGUCGUAAUCUUGGUUCCAAAAGCAAGAGGUUGCACAUUGAUAGCGCAGAUGCCAUGGAGUUGAAACUUACAUGGGAGGAGGCUCAGGAUUUGCUUCGCCCUCCUCCAAGUAUCAAACCAAGCAUUGUCAUGAUUGAGGACCAUGAGUUUGAAGAAUAUGAGGAGCCACCUGUGUUUGGAAAGAGGACUAUUUUCACCUCCAGUCCAUCUGGGGGACAUGACCAAUGGGCUCAAUGUGAUAAUUGCUUAAAGUGGCGCAGGUUGCCUAUAGAUGCACUUCUUCCUCCAAGAUGGACAUGUGCAGAAAAUUCGUGGGAUCCCAAAAGAUGUUCAUGCUCUGCACCUGAUGAGAUGAGCUCACAAGCACUUCAGGAUCUUCUCAGGCUGAACAGAGACCUUAAAAAGCGUAAGGCCAUUGACAGUCCAAAACGGAUGCCACAAGAUGUUUCUGCCCUUGAUGCACUGGCUACCAUUGCUGUUCUGGGUGAGAGCUGUGAUACCGCUACACCAUCAACAGCCACCACCAAACAUCCACGCCAUCGUCCUGGUUGCUCAUGCAUCGUGUGCAUCCAGCCACCCAGUGGCAAAGGUCCAAAGCACAAGCCCACAUGUACCUGCAAUGUCUGCAUGACUGUGAGAAGGCGUUUCAAGACCCUCAUGAUGAGAAGGAAAAAACGCCAAUCUGAGCAGGAAGCUGAGGCAGCUAGAAAGAAGAAUGCCUGGACAAAGGAGGAAGGUGAUGUUGAUGAUGCAUCAAAAUGCUCAAUGCAACUUGAUACAGCUGAGAAUGACGCAAAACAGGCAAACUCACCAGAAGCCAGCAGCCACAUGAUUGCAAAUGAAAAGGAAGAGAUGAGCAACAGCCUAAAAGUCUCAGGCAAAGAGGAGGUGAAGGGGCAAAUAGAUUUAAAUUGUGAUCCAGAUCGAGAAGAUGAUCUGUUAAUGGGAGCUGGUGCUUCUCGUGUUAGCAUGACCACUCUUCUUCAGGUAGCAAGCUUGCCGCUUGAGACAUAUCUGAAGCAGCAUGGCCUCUCUAGCUUGGCUGAUGAUGAACGAGCAAGCCCAAGCGACCUUGUGUUGCCUGGUACUGGAAGCGAAGGCAAGCUGGGUGAGAGUCAGUUUGCCCCUCCAGCUCAAGAACAGGAGGCUGCAGCAGAAGAUGCCUGUCCCGCUGUGGAUCAAAUGAAAAACGGUGCCACGUGAAGGAAUAAUGCUUGUAUUGCCUAUUCUUCCCCUUGUAAUAGGUGUAUGAUUUCUUUUUGAAAUAUCGGCUUAAUUAUUGUUAUUAAUAUUUUUUCGAGGGAAUCUGUAGCGUCUUAGCUUGGUAUGCGGGUGGCUGUUUCAUUUGUUUGUAAAAGUAAGAAUAUGCUGUUGAGGAAAAGGAUGUGAUUGAUCUGUCAUUGUUCUUGACCAAUAUGUUGCAUGGCAUCCUUUCUUACCAGAAGAAAUUGCAUUUGGAUUGAGAGACUUUGUCGCUGCUUA